AUGACUGUGGCUAAACACGAGCUCAAAUUGCGAACGGUCAUCCAGUUUAUCAGGAUACAUCACUCCUCUUCCGAGUGGCGGACAGUCCUGUACCUGACUACGGACAUGCCAGUGCCACCGACGUUAUCUAACUCACACAAGUACACAAAUGGAGACGCCGCGACUCUGCCGUACUCGUAUGGGCUUUCGGCCUUACCCCCACUCCUCCGCGAUGGAUCUGAGUCACCAAUGGCGAAAUACUAUGUCAUACCGUCGACAAGCUCGACACCUUAUCCGACACUGCCGAUCGACUUCCCGAAUAUGGCGAUGUACCUCCAAUCAGCUGUGCAGGACUCGCGGAACGCAGCUAAUGACAGCUCGAGUGGGAUGCGCAGGCUGGCUCAUUUCAUCGAUACGUGCUAUCCAAAUGACUCUGAGCCGUCCCGCACGGACGAACAGGAUACAGUGCGACGUGGCGUCGGUGGCAUAUUCAAGCGUGUCAUGGGACGAAACAAGGCACCAAAGAGUCGGGGAAACGAUGAGAUCUAUGACCUUGUGACACCUUUCGUGCCGGAUGAGUGGGGCUAA